UCGUAACUCAUGAAUACACAAACUGGCGACUUCUGCUGGCCGUGUUAUCUUUGGCAGCAUAUAGCACAUUUUCGGCACAUUUACGGAGAGAAUUGCCACUUCAUUUUUAUAACUGUUGUCCGAAGUAUUGCCAAGUAGUUUCACUGGACUGACGUGUAUUCCUUUUACGCCUACAUAAUGUCUGAAGGAUUUGAACGCAUCCUUAAGGAUAUAGGCUCUUUCGGUCGAAAACAAAUCGAAGUGUUCGUCAUUGUCAACUUAUGUGACUUAAUGACUGGGUGGACGAUUCUGAUACCAAUCUUUAUCGGUGCCCAGCCACACUGGGAGUGUCCAGCCCUUAACAACACCGUUCCCUGGUCGGAAUGGAGCAAUACCACGACAGUACCCGAUUGGGACCAAGGAAAUAAAAGCAUGAGUCGUGUAGAUGCCUGCACACCGGACAAUGGCGUAUGCCAAGGCAUAAAAUAUACGUCAGAAUUUACGUCGAUCGUGACUGAGUGGAAUCUAGUCUGCGCCUUGGAUGAAAUAAGCGACAUCGUCACUACAAUACAAAUGGCAGGGAUUUUCUUUGGCGCACUUGUUAUCAGUCAGCUCUCGGACGCCUUUGGUCGGAAACCUGUCUGGUUUGCUACCAUGACGGUCAACUCCAUUGUCGGCUUUUGCAACGCUUUUGCUCCCCGAUGGGAAAUAUACGCCGCUAUGAGGUUUUUUAAUGGAAUGUGUGCCGGUGGUUUACUGAUCGUGAGUUACGUGUGGCCUAUAGAGUUCGUUGGUGCCAAGUGGAGAGUGGUGAACGGUGCUGUGGGUUUCUGGCAGGUUGGAAACAUGCUGUUGGCUCUCCUAGCUUACUUCAUCCGUGACUGGAAGACGCUGGUGAUGGUGACCACCCCCAUCCCUACAGUGUUAGUCUGGUUUUUGUGGAGAUUUCUUCCAGAAAGUCCUCGUUGGCUAGCUAUGCAUGGCAAGGAGCAGGAAGCAGAGAAGGUGCUAGAACUCAUAGCAAGAGUCAAUAAGAAACCAACUCCAAAUUUCGAAGCGUUCAGAAAAUAUCUGGAAGAUGAGAAAAGAAAAGGAACAACAACCGGGAAGUAUAGCUACUGGGACUUGUUCCGCACUCCUCUACUCACCCGGCACACACUUGUCCUCAUGUUUGCAUGGUUCGUGUAUGGAGCUACGUACUACGGGUUAUCGUUGAAUGUAAAACACCUGCCGGGUGACAUAUAUUUGAAUGCCGUUCUCCUCUCUUCUGUAGAGGUACCAGCUCUAGCAUUCGUCGUCAUUUUUAGCAAUAAACUCGGCCGUCGUCUUACAAUGUUCGUAACUAUGCUUAUUGGUGGACUUGCAACUUUCUCUGUCCUUUUUAUUGGCCUUGCAGGGAAGUUGGAAGAAUUGGGCACUGUUGUGACUGUUUUGGCAAUGGUUGGCAAAUUAGGAGUAACAUCGGCAUGGAAUGUAGGCUAUAUCUACACUGCAGAGUUAUUCCCCACUGUCAUUAGGAGCAUUGGAUCUGGUGCAGCCUCAAUGGCUGGCCGAAUAGGAGGCGUAGUUGCUCCCCAGUUUACUUACUUGGACAAGGUCUCCAAAGAACUACCAUUCAUUGUGUUCGGGGUCCUGGGGUUAGCUGCAGCAUUUCUCGGUCUAACCUUGCCGGAGACCAAGGACCACCAUCUCCCAGAUAAUGUCCCGGAAUGGACCUGGUGCAGAAAGGGGAAAAACAAGGAAGAUUCUCGGGUAGAAAUUAGCAUCGUUGGGCACACGCCGGGGCGGUCACAGAGUACGGUGACUUUGGUGAGAGCAGCUAGCAUCGACGAGAACAUGGACGUUGGAUUAAGCAUGGAUGAUGUCGUUAAGGAGUAGCCUAAUAACUUUAACUUUCAAGUUACAUGAUGGGUUAUUUACCUCGUCUUUCUACUUGUGAAACGCUAAUAGUAACUCUGGCCUUAGAAAAACAGAAGAAAGAGGCUUCUUACAGUGAUAUGUAGGCCUAUCAAAAUAUAUGAAUU